UGUUAACUCUCUAGAAGAACACGGGAAGAACACCCAAAAUUUGGCUACAAAGUUUGUUAACAUAUUGAUCUUUUGUUCUUCUUUGACUUUGACUAUAAAUAUUAAGGCCUGGACCGAGCAUCUAAUAAUAAUAUCUAAAUGGGCCUUUUUUGGGGUUUUGCAAAACCAACACCGAACGGAUCCAACACGAUGGGACGAAGUAAGUCAAUCUUCUUUUCUUACCAACAAUCUCAAUUCGAAUUCUUAGAAAUCGAUUCAUUUUUGGUAGAACCGUGUUUUUGCUUAAAUCUGUGUUCAUAAGAUUUCAAAUUAUGUCGAUCAAGGUUUUUGUGUGUGAACGCCAUUGAUUUCAACAUAGCCAGUUUUCAAUUUAUCAUUUCUAAAUGUGAAAUGGUGAAUCGAUUGGGUUUUGGUAGAAUCGUGUUUUGUCAUUAUGUGAUUCAUAUGAAUUUGCUAGGUUUUGGAUCAGUGUAUGAAUCGCCAUUUAUUCAACUUUGCGAUCUUCAAUUUAUCAUGUCAAAUGUGUAGAAUGUUGUUUUUCCGAUUUUCUGUUGAGAACAUUUUAGGUUUCUUUUGUGUGUGGACGCCUUUGAUUAAACAAUUCCGAUGUCAAAUGUGUAGGACCUGCGAGAUGUUACCGUCAGUAAUGUCUGAUUGACUAUUUUAUGACGAAACUCGUCUACAGCCUCCAUUAACGUAGGUAUGGCUAUAUUGUCUUCCACUAGACUAAUGCAUGGUCAAAAUGAUAGAGACGUUUGACCAACUCCGAAACAUACACAAUCCAAACAAAAUCAAAAAAGAAAAAUCUCCGGACCUGAUCCUAUUCCUAAUUCAGUCCGUCUUUAUCAUUUUGCAAAGAUCAUCGGAUCACUCUUUGUUAUAACCGUGGAUCAAUUGUCAACCACAAAACUGUUUUUCCUUCACGUUUCCAAAUUAGUUAGCAACUCUCUAAGUUUAAUUAAGAGAGAUUUGGCCUCAUUAACCAUAGAUAUUAGAAUGGAUCCAGUAAGUACAUGAAACUCGAAGGUAUGGGCCAUUAUGGGCCUGAACCAAAAAUGAAAGAGCUGGGAUAACUGACCUUUCUUUUUGACAUUUGAGCAUCGAGCCUCACAGUGCAAGAGUUCUAUUAUAGAACUCCUAUACUAAAACCGAUCAAGAGGCAAAUCUCCCAACUCUUCCAACUUCCAAGGCUCGAUAUGAGUACAGGUGGAGCAUUUGGAGGAAACAGAGGAUUAAGACCAAUACCACCAGAGAAGGGCAUUUUCCCUUUGGAUCACUUGCACGAGUGUGAUGCGGAGAAGAAAGAAUAUCUAGGUUGUCUUAAGUCUUCAGCUCACAAAUCUGAACAAUGUAGACAUCUCUCUAAGAAAUAUCUCCAGUGUCGAAUGGCUAAGUACGUCUUUUUUUAAAAACUUUUGUCACCAUCAUAGUUUCUCUCUAGUUCAUGUUUACUUGGGUCGUACUCGUAUCGAGGAAUGUUGGAUGGGUUUAGAUCAUGAUAGUGAUAUUAUUAUGCAGGAACUUGAUGGCAAAGCAGGAUAUGGCUGAACUUGGAUUCAGUGGUGUUAAAGAACUUGAUUCCACUGAAGAUAAGAAUACAGAGAGUAUCGAACAUUGAAAGGUUGACCAAAAAACUUUGAGCCUCAUUUUGUAAAAUUUUGGAUUAACAUUGGGAUAGCAUUUGAGAUUUUAGGUCCUAAAACCCAACUACUAUGAAAGUAUAUGCUUCAGAUUCACCAAUUUUUAUACGUAUGUAUUCCUGUGUGAAAUAAAGCAUUAUACAAAGCCUGAAACAGAAGCAAAGUAUUGUCUUCGGUCCAUAUUCGUUUGUAGACUUUUUGGGCUAAAGAAUAUUUGUUUGUGGAUAUUAGUCCAUAUUGAUUUCUCUUAUCUAGUUUAGUCGUAGUGAAACUUAACAAACAAAAUAUUAGUAUAAUUAUGUUUUAGUUUUGGUUAAUAACAGUAUGAAAAUAUUCCACUUUAUAAUUACUCUAUUAGACCCAUUUCUUUAUAUAUCAUUUUCUCCAGACAAAGGUCUUAGAUUUAAACAAACAAGAUAAAGUAAAACCAUUGCAAGUGUUGAAUGUUAUUAUGUAAAGUAUGUGUCAUAUUAAUCGACCGUUUUUUCACAAGUUUUGAAAAUUAGCCUAAAUUGUAGUACACGGUUUUUGGUUAUCUAUAAAGAAAAAAAGGUGGGCGUCGUAUUCAUUUUGAAUACUUAUUUGGUUUAUUGUAUAAAAAAAUCCUUUGAAAACCAAAGUCAAAUAGAAUUUUUCCUCUUUCGAUCUAGAUUUCUAAAUUAAAAUCUUGGUUAUUCAAAAUCGCCGCCUUGAACCAAAUAGAUAACUAAAGACAAAUUGUUUUUCAUAUAUAACUAAAAAAAACACUUUCAAUUAUAUCGAUCUACUACUAUUCGAACCUUUAUACUAUUUCAAUCGUUAUUCAAGUUUUGUUGCUAUUACUUGUCUCUCCUAUUCAUACGUCUUUUUUUACUUCCAAAAAUUCUCCUGUCAAACUUCACCUCUUGUGUCACCAAUCGUAUCUACAUUCUAUUUUUGAAGAAGGAAAAUAAACAAAGGUAGAAUGGCGGACAUGAUGCGAUCGUUUUUUGUUGUCUAUUUUGUUAUUUUGAUUUUUAUGAUCAUAUACUUUGGUGAAACGAAAACAAUAAGUGAUUAGUGUGACAAUAAUGUUUUAAGUUCAACUAUGUAAUCAAGCGAGAAUAUAUAAUCUCUCUGUCUCAUAUUAUUAUUGUCUCGAUCGGCAUUGUCCUAAAUUCUUUAUACCGACUUGAUUUUAUUUUUGGUUACAACGCAACCAUAGCCAACGAAAAGGAGAUAGGAA